CAUAGGGACUCCCAAAACAUAUUACCCUUCGAAUGCCGGUCAGGAUCCCACACAGCCGUUUUGUCAUCGCCCCAUGUUCUAAUUUCCAUACACACCUUUCAAUUUUCCAGAAAAGGAAACUCGUUCCUCUGAUUCUCACUCGCUAAAACCCCCAAGUUUUUGCUGUUUUGCUCUGAGCCGAGAAAUGGAGGCAUUCAAUAAGAUCAAGGUGAACAACCCAAUUGUCGAAAUGGAUGGAGAUGAAAUGACUCGAAUUUUCUGGAAAUCUAUAAAAGAUAAGCUUAUUUUGCCCUUUCUGGAACUGGAUAUCAAGUACUUUGACCUUGGCCUCCCUAAUCGUGAUGCCACCAGUGAUAGAGUCACAAUUGAAAGUGCAGAAGCUACUCUUAAGUACAAUGUAGCAAUCAAGUGUGCAACUAUAACUCCUGAUGAAACUCGUGUUAAGGAGUUCAACUUGAAACAGAUGUGGAGGAGUCCAAAUGGGACAAUCCGGAACAUUUUAAAUGGUACUGUUUUUAGAGAACCUAUUAUCUGCAGAAAUGUUCCCCGCCUUGUUCCAGGUUGGACAAAGCCAAUAUGCAUUGGGAGGCAUGCCUUUGGUGAUCAGUACCGAGCAACUGAUGCAAUCAUAAAAGGACCCGGGAAACUUAAAUUAGUUUUUGUACCUGAUGGGUCCAAUGAGAAGCAAGAAUUUGAGGUUUUCAACUUUACUGGUGCUGGAGGGGUAGCUCUGUCAAUGUAUAACACUGAUGAGUCUAUCCGAUCCUUUGUGGACGCAUCUAUGAACACUGCCUACCAGAAAAAGUGGCCACUUUAUCUUAGCACUAAAAAUACUAUUCUCAAGAAAUAUGAUGGAAGAUUCAAGGACAUCUUCCAGGAAGUUUAUGAAACUCAUUGGAGAUCCAGAUUUGAAGCUGAAGGGAUUUGGUAUGAACACCGUCUUAUUGAUGAUAUGGUUGCAUAUGCUCUUAAAAGUGAAGGAGGUUAUGUAUGGGCAUGCAAAAACUAUGAUGGGGAUGUGCAAAGUGACUUAGUAGCACAAGGUUUUGGAUCUCUGGGUCUGAUGACAUCUAUACUGGUGUGCCCAGAUGGAAAGACCAUUGAAGCUGAAGCAGCCCAUGGUACAGUUACCCGCCAUUACCGGGUUCACCAAAAAGGAGGUGAAACCAGCACAAACAGCAUAGCUUCUAUCUUUGCUUGGUCACGAGGUCUUGCACACAGGGCAAAGUUGGAUAGCAAUGCCAGGCUCUUGGACUUUGUGGAGAAACUUGAAGCAGCUUGUGUUGGAACUGUUGAAUCUGGGAAGAUGACCAAGGAUCUUGCUCUCCUUAUCCAUGGGCCUAAGGUCCGUAGGUCUCAGUAUCUCAAUACUGAAGAAUUUAUUGAUGCUGUGGCUGAGGAGCUGAGAGUUAGAUUGUUUAGUAGAGCAAAGUUGUAAAUUCUUGUUCGGGCUUAUAUUGGUCAAGUAUCCAAAAUGAGUAAAUAGAUAAAACACAUUGGUAUAAGUUAUAAGGUGGUCAUUGUUAGAUCUUUAGCUUAUAUGACUUAGUUCCUCUCAUUUAAUUAGACCAUGAACCUUUUUCACUUUGAGAGUAUCAUGACAUAAAGUUGAAGGCAUAUUUCAAUGGCAUUGCCUCUGCUCACUGAAUUCUAAGUUUACCCGUUUUAUGUGCCAUGAAUAAACCAGACUCUUGCUGCUCAUCCCAAAUAGAAGUCAUGUACCAUUUCCCUAAUUGGAAUCCAAUCUGUGUAUGCAGCAGCAUUAAUAUCAAUUUUAUAUAUGGCACAACUUUGUUUGGCUAUGUUUUGAUACA